AUGAAUGCUACAGCUGUGAACCAGUCUGACUGCCCUGAGGUGAAGGUCCCUGUCCCCAUCUUCUUCACAAUUGGUAUAGUGAGUCUGGCGGAGAACCUGCUGGUUGUGGUGGCUGUCAUACGCAACAGGAACCUCCACGCACCCAUGUACUGCUUCAUCUGCAGCCUGGCGGCUUUCAACACCAUCGCCAGCCUCACAAAAACAUGUGAGACCCUGAUGAUUGUGUUUGCCGACGUGGGCCAGCUGGUGAAGACAGGUUCCUCGGAGCAGAAGCUGGACGAUGUCAUGGACUCCCUGCUGUGUAUGUCAUUUGUGGGCUCCAUUUUUAGUUUCCUGGCUAUUGCUGUGGACCGUUACAUCACCAUCUUCCAUGCACUUCGAUACCACAACAUCAUGACAAUGCGGCGCACAGGAGCCAUCUUGGGUGUCAUCUGGACAACAUGUGGGGUGUCGGCCUUGCUGAUGGUGAGGUUCUUCCACUCCAAUUUCAUCAUGAUCUGCUUUGUCAUCUUCUUCGUAGUCUCCCUGGUGAUUAUCUGCUUCCUCUACGUCUACAUGUUCAUGCUGGCGCGCAUCCAUGCCAGGAAAAUCGCUGCGCUACCCAUCAGCAACGGGGGCAAUAGUCGGCACCAGAGGUGGCGGGGCAACAGCAUGAGAGGGGCCCUGACUCUCACCAUCCUAUUUGGGGCUUUCAUGGUGUGUUGGAUGCCAUUUUUCAUCCACCUUAUCAUUAUCAUGGUGUGCCCCAUGAACCCAUACUGCGAGUGUUACCGAUCGCUGUUCCAGCUGCAUGUGGUGCUGUUGAUAAGCCACGCCCUCAUCGAUCCGGCCAUCUAUGCCUUCCGCAUCGCUGAGCUCAGACGCACCUUCAGAAAGAUGCUGCUUUGUUCAGACUGGAGGCGGUACGCAUAG